AUCCUCUUACAAUACCUCCUCGCGAUCACCGAAAACCAAGUCCCGGCAUAGCAGGUGAAUCUGAUCAGAGCACUCCAUCCUCGGCCGCGGAGACCGUACGGAGAAUACCAAUGGGGGCUGAUACGUCGCAAGUCUCAUCCGGAGGCGACCUGCAUGACGACCCCAUCAAACCGACCGUACCUCUCAAAGUCGGGAGAAAUAGUCCCCCAAGAAGCGUCGCAUCCCCAACUUCUCCAAAUUACCAGAACACUUAUCCGUAUUCCAAUCCGAUAACGCCAAAUAAUCGACCUCAAGAUCAAGGCAUCAACCCAUACACACUAACCCCUUUAGCGGUAAAAGACCCUCCCUCAACGCAACAGUCAUCCGGACCCCCAAAGUCAAAGAUCCAGCGCAAAUCCAUCGACAGCAACUACUCCGCCCGCUUCAACCAGGACGAAAAAGUCCCCACCAGCCGCUUCAGCUGGACUACCUACGCGACCAACACUACAUACCAGAAUAGUCCGCCUCCCUCUCCCCCACCCCCAAUGCCGAAAUCUUCCAUCGCUACAUCAACGCCCACACCCGCUCCCGCGGCAUCUCCCAUCCUCAAUCGCCGCCGUCCCGUCGUUCCCUCCGCCUCCACCGUCUCGACCCCAACUCCCCGCAAACCCCUCCCACCUGGCACACCCACCCACGCCGCUCGCGUCGUCUCGAUGUCAAGCGCCUACACAGUCGACCGCAACUCGAAGGCCCUCCCCCUCCCGCCCCCCUCCCUCGAAUCUCAAGACCACAUCUCCUCCCUCGAAGCACAACAAGACGACCUGCGCGUACGGCGGCAGAACGUCGCGCGGCUGAUCGCGGAUCUGAAUGCGACACAACCCCAGAACCCGCUCAUGACGGAUUACAGGAAGGUGCGGGAGGCGGACGUCCGGAAGGCGGAGUUUGUGAAGGAGCUAGAUGAGAUCAAGCAGGAGGAGCAUGAGGUGGGGUUGAAGUUGCAUCGGGCGUGGAAGAAGAGGGAGAGGGAGGAUCCGGGGAUGGAGAGUGCGUUUUGGAUUCGGCGGGUGACGAGUUAGGUUGGCGGAUUGGGUGAUGGUGGUUCUUUUCAAUUGGGGAGGCUAGGGGGGAUUUGGAGAGUUGGGAGGUGGCUACUUGUUUUGCUGGGAGCGAGGGAAGCGUGUUCUCCUAGUCCUUUUUUUAUUUUGCAUGGUGCUAGUAAAGGAUUUCGGAGGCGAGGUUUUGUAUGAUAGUUGUUUUGGUUCUGGUGGUGGUUGGCGUGGUAGAGUUGGGACGUUGAUAUGCUUAAUCCAAUACCCAGAUG